AUGGAUCGAGAAGGUUCUUCUGCUUCCAAGGCACCCUUGUUUGAUGGUACUGAUUAUGCUUUUUGGAAGGUAAGAAUGCAAACUUAUUUAAUUUUCUUGGGUGUGGAUGUUUGGACUGUUGUUUUCAAUGGAUACAUUGUUCCUCAAAGUAUACCUAUUGAUCAUGAUGGAAAAAAAGAAUAUGAAAAUGAUACUAAGGCCAAGCAUGCUAUUCUAUGUGGUUUGUCUAAAGAUGUAUUUGUUAAAAUAAUGCAUUGUAGAUCUUCUAAACAAGUUUGGGACAAACUUAAAAAUAGUUACCAUGGUAAUGAUAAAGUAAAACAAGCCAAAAUUCAAACUCUUAGGGCUAAGUUUGAAGGAAUGAAGAUGUCUGAUGAAGAAAGGGUUGCAGAUUAUUUUCUUAGAGUUGAUGAAAUUGUCAAUGCCAUUAGAGGUUUAGAGGAAGACAUAGAAGAUAAGGAUGUAGCCAAAAAGGUGUUGAGGUCUCUUCCCUCUAGAUAUGAUUCAAAGUUAUCAGCCAUAAAGGAACUUAAGGACUUGAAUACCUUGACUGUGGAUGAUCUUCAUGGGACACUCAUUGCUUAUGAAAUGAGAACUUGUGGAGAGGAAAUUGUUCAUAGGAAAAUUGGUCAUUUUGCUGCAAACUUUGCUUUGGAUGACAGUGACAAAGAAAAUUCAGAAUCAUUCACUAAACAAAGAACCUUCAUUAAAAAGAAAAAAAUUCCCUUCAAGGCUAAGAAAAGUUUAUAUGCUAAAGGCGAUGUCACUAACAAUAAUUCAGAAGUGUCAGUAGAUGAUGAGUCUAAAGUGUUGUUUAUGACUACUGAAUGUCCUGCAGGAAAUCAGGUUCUUGAUGAUGUUGUAUGA